AUGUACAAAGGGAAAAGAAAGUACAUUGAAAUUUGGCAGAAAGUUGAAAUUGCUGAAUUUUACAUUCAACACCAAAAUGAGAUGAGCAUGAGAGAUGUUGCUGCAAAGUUUCAUGUCAACUCCUUUAGCUCGAUUUCCGAAUGGGUGAAUAAGCUUGAUGAGUUGAAGAAAUCAGUAAAAUCUGAUAAAAAAUUAAAAUUAGAAAGCUUCACUCAAUUUCCAGAGCUAGAGAAAGAACUAGUACAUUGGUUUACUGCAAUCCGUGAGCAAGGUAUUCAGGUUCUCAGAUCAACGAUUGAGGAGAAGCAAAAAGUUUGGCGGCAGAAAUGGGAUUGGCGCGAUUCGGCUGUGGAGAUAAAUGGUGGCAAGGAUUUAGGACCAGAAAUAAUUUAUCUUUCAGAAAAAUCAAUGCCUCAAGCAUUAAGCCAAUCGAAAAAGAGGCAGAACUUGUCAGGCAAUACCUAG